AUGAAUGCGCAGAUGGAAGCCAUAACUGCGGCACGGACGCCACCUGUACCAACACACCCGGCAGUUUCACCUGCGCUUGUAAUCCAGGGUACAGCGGAGACGGUCUGACAUGCACAGCCUUGCAAAGUUCCACAUUGGCUCCCACGGCCAUGAUCCCGGGAGGCCCACAGCUCAGCCCUUCGCAGACUUGUAAGAUGCAGGCGGACAUCCUAUUUGUUGUCGAUGGUUCCUCCAGUAUCCCGCCUGAAGAAUUCGAAAAGGUAAAGACAUUUCUUAACAACAUCGUUGGUCACUUCGACAUCAGCCCCACAGCUACCCAGGUGGGAGUUGUCCAGUACAGCUCGUCUCCGCAGCAGGAGUUCGCUCUGAACGCGCACAGCUCACUGGUCAGUCUGCAGCAGGCCAUCAGUAACAUCGUUGUCAUCGGCCGCGGUACCAGCACAGGAUCUGCGCUGAUAUUUGCCCGUGAUCAUGCCCUGACCGCGGCUAACGGCGCCCGGCCGGGAGUGCCCAAGAUUGUGGUGGUGAUGACAGAUGGAAUGUCUGCGGACGAUGUGACCCUCCCCUCUCAGAAUCUCCGUAACGACGGCGUCACCACGUUUGCUAUCGGUGUGACAGACAUGGCAACCGACUGGCAGCUGGCCGACAUGGCCGGCAGUCCGGACCACGUUUUCACUGCCUCCGACUUUGAUGCCUUGGACGGCAUUACGGUGACGCUGUCGUCUCAGCUUUGCGAAGAUGAGACUGCGACAUCGGAACCUACAACGACAACCACCCCAACAUCUAUGCCGACCACUACGACACCUCUACUCCCCACUCCUGAACCGGAUACCACAACGCUCAACGAUAAGACUACGACAUCGAAACCAACAACAACAACCACUCAAACACCCAUGCCGACCACUUCCCCAACGCCACCUCCGCUCCCCACUCCUGAACCGGAAACCACAACCAUGAAACCUGCAACAACACAAGCUCACAUCGUCACGACAACGACAGAAACGACACUUGAACCAACGACAGAGAUGAUGACAACGACAGAAACGACACUUGAACCAACGACAAAGAUGACGACGACAGAAACGACACUUGAACCAACGACAAAGAUAACGACAACGACAGAAACGACACUUGAACCAACGACUGAGAUGACAACAACGACAGAAACGACACUUGAACCAACGACUGAGAUAACGACAACGACAGAAACGACACUUGAACCAACGACAGAGAUGACGACAACGACAGAAACGACGCUGGCACCAACGACAGAGAUAAUGACGACGGCAGAAACGACGCUGCAGCAAACUACAGACGUCGCGACGACGUCCGAAUGGCCUACAACAACAGAGGAUAGAACGACGAUUGAUGGAGCAACAACUCCAGACCCCCUUUUGUUCGCUUCGCAGAAUUCCACGUUGACUACCCUGGCCUCCCCUCCGGUAGGUCUACAGCCGGUAGUACCCACAGCGCUCAACAAUAUUGACGAAUGUGCAUAUGGGAGCCACAACUGCAGCCCCGACGCCACCUGUACCGACACAGUCGGUAGUUUUACCUGUGCUUGUAACCCAGGAUACAGCGGAGACGGUCUCACCUGUACAGAUAUUGACGAAUGCGCGGAUGGGAGUCACAACUGUGCAAACGACGCCACCUGUACCAACACAGUCGGCAGUUUCACAUGUGCUUGUAACCCAGGAUACAGCGGAAACGGUGUCAUCUGUACAGACGAUGACGAAUGUGCAGAUGGGAGCCAUAACUGCAGCCCCGACGCCACCUGUACCAACACUCCCGGCAGUUUUACCUGUGCUUGUAGCUCAGGAUACAGCGGAAACGGCAUCAUCUGUACAGCUCAGCAAUGUUUGACACUGAUCGCCCCUGCUCACGGAGCUCUGAGUCCGACAGGACCGUACCAUGUCCAGGACGUGGUGACGUUUAUCUGUAACCCGGGGUACGAGCUGGACGGAGCCUCCAGUGUGACGUGUCAAGCUAACAACAACGGUCUGAUUUGGAGUGAUAUAAUUCCAACAUGCGGAGAUAUUGACGAAUGCGCAGAUGGGAGCCAUUACUGCAGCCCCGACGCCACCUGUACCGACACAGCCGGCAGUUUUACCUGUGCCUGUAACCCAGGGUACAGCGGAGACGGUCUCACCUGUACUGACGAUGACGAAUGUGCAGAUGGGAGCCACUACUGCAGCCCCGACGCCACCUGUACCAACACAGCCGGCAGUUUCACCUGUGCUUGUUACCCAGGAUACAGUGGAGAUGGUAUCUACUGUACAGCUCAACAAUGCCCGACUCUGACCGCCCCUGAUAAUGGAUAUCUCAGUCCAGUAAGACCGCACUAUGACAAGGACGAUGUGACGUUCAUCUGUAACUCUGGGUUCGAGCUAGACGGGGCCUCCAGUGUGACGUGUCAAGCUAACAACAACGGUCUAACAUGGACUGCAGCGGUUCCAAACUGCAGAGAUGUCGAUGAAUGCACAGAUGGGAGUCAUAACUGCGCCCCUAAUACCUGUGUCAACAUUCCCGGCAGUUUUAUCUGUACCUGUAACAGCAACAACAACGGCAAUAGCAUCACUUGUGCUGGUUUACAAUGUCCCAAUUUGAUGGCCCCACUUAACGGGUAUUUGAGCCUUUCUGGUCCACACUACCAGCAGGACGUGGUCACUUUCAUCUGUAAACCGGGGUACGAGCUGGUCGGGGUUUCCAGUGUGACGUGUCAAGCUACCAGCAUCGGUCUUACAUGGAGUAAUACGGUUCCAACCUGCAAAGAGCCCGCAGCCCUGUCACCACCAGAUCUACUACUCUUUGGGUCACCACCACCAGGGCUAAUCUGGGUAGAGCAGAGUGUCUUUAUCCCCUGCGGCCAGACACGUGACCUGAAUACCAAUCAGCGACAACAGCUGCGAGACAACUUCCGUCAGCAGGUGGCGGACAUGGUGGAGUUACCGGAACGUUAUGUCCAGAACGUUGUCAUUACCGACCAUGGGAUUACUUUCGAGCUGCCAGCUGCAGUGCAGGAGAAAUUCCUGACGGUUUCUGCCGAUCUGCUGCGCCAUUACAGUUUUACCGUUGGAGAUGAUAUCAAUCCCCAUCUGUUUCAGAUUCGGGAUCGGACAGACUUCACCGACAUGGAUGUAACGAUAGAGUUCAGCGAGGACUUGACCAGCCAGCUUUCUUACCAGCUGCUCCUAGCUGUCAAAGAGAUGCUGAUGAGUGCUGGUGUCUCUUGCACCUCAAGCAGGUUAUUGGCGAGGGGAAAGGAUUACAUCACUUUCUCCAUGUGGAAAGAACCAGACAGUACAAUCAACCUGAACUUAGAAGUCAAAAAGAUAAAAACAGGACCCCUUCGACUGAAUCUUCAACCGGGCCUGGUGUUAAUUGGUCACGUCAGCUGUUACAAUGGGACCUUUGCCACCAUCUGCCCACAACUAUGCAACUGUCAGACAGAAGACGUCUUUUCUCUUGAGUAUGAGGACCCUGUUGCCAGUGCGGGGCUGUCCACUGCUGACAAGCUCGGGCUGGCUGUCGGCAUCCCCGUAGCUCUGGCAGCCCUAGCAGCACUAGCGGCAUUGCUCAUGUUCUGCCUGAAGAAGAAGGGGACGUACAGGCCACCGACAGUCAAGCCGCGGAGGAGAGUCGUCUCUCCCGCCGUGGACUCGUUCGAGACCAACAUUUAUAGGUCCUCCAUUGACGACAACCUAAGUCACCAGGUCGGUAAGAAGGGGCCCCAGCUGAACCGUUUCCGGGACCCAGACGCCGUGUACGGCCGCCUGUCGUCAUCGUGGUCCCCACCGCCCAGUACGGCCAGCUCCACGUCCACACGGGCGAGCUGGCUCUCAACACCUGAUAUCUACUAGAUAUCCUCGUCUUCAAUGCAACAGAAGAUAACAC